GGCUCUACACAUCUCCUUUCGCAUGCAACUCACUGAGAGGGCGAGGCGAGCCACAACUCCCCUCUCCGCCUGCAUCUCCAGACACAGAGGACCGGCUUUUCGCACCUCCUGCAUCCCCUCCCUCCUCUCCAUCACUCCCUCCCAGGGAGAGAGGGAGGCAGAGCCAACCAGCCAGCCACGGGGAUCUUAACCUUCCCAAAGAGGGAACACACACUGCAAACUCAGUUGAUUAAACAGCAAACAAACAAACAAACAAACCGUCCAAAACAGCCUCUGUUCCACGGGAAAGGCUCUGCGGGUCUUUGUCUGGAGCCUUAGAUUCCCUUGGAGCAGUGGGGGCGAGUGAUGAGCUGGAUCUCUUUGGGUUCAUCAUGAAGUCUGGUUCUACUUGUGCUGUUCCAAGGGUCAUGAGCUGCCUGCAUCAUCUGCUUGACUCAGUCCUCCUUCGCCUGCCCUCCCAGCUCUAGGAGACAGGACUACCGGAUUGAUCCCUGUGUUUUUCUGCCCUUCACCCGGCUCGCCUCACUGUGCCACCACUCCAGCAUCUUCUGCUGGACUGGGGCCUUUGUGGCCCUUUGGGGAAGGGCCCCUGCCUAAAGCAUCCCCAAGGCAUAUGCUCUUCUGGAAUAAAAGCCUCUGGAUCCUCUUGGAUAUCUGAGAUCUUUUCUUGGAGAAGUGGUAUCUUUCCUGGCUGGAUUCCUGAGUUGGCUACACCUGCUCUCCUCCUCCUCCUCCUCUGCUGUUUCUGCUACUGCUUCUUCGACCUCCAGUUGGGUUUAUUGGCCAGAGCUUUGGAUUCCAGCAUUCCCUGCUCUCUCCUUGGCCUCUUUCUAUUCUGUGUAUCCCCUGUGGCUCUUACCCAGCCUCCAUCACUCUCUCCUCACUCCUCUCUCUCUGUCUUCCUCUCUCCACCACCAUCCUCCCCCUUUCUGUCCCCCCAUCCCUUCCUGUCACUCAGUACGAAGACCCCACUUGCUUGCACUGCCCUCCCAUUUCCUCCCCCCCCACCUGCCUGGUCUCUCCCCAGGAGCAGCUGCAGCAAUGGCCUUCACCCUUCCUUCGGUUUGCUUCACCCUACUGCUGAGCUCCUUGGUGGGGUCAUGCCUGGGGCUGGAGUUCUCGGGCCUCCCGAACCAGUGGGCACGCUUCCUACGCUGGGAUGCCAGCACCCGCGGAGACCUGAGCUUCCAGUUGAAGACCAAUGUCUCAGCCGGAUUACUGAUCUACCUGGAUGACGGGGGUGUGUGUGACUUCCUGUGCCUCUCCCUGGUGGAUGGGCGGGUCCAGCUCCGGUUCAGCAUGGACUGCGCUGAGACAGCAGUACUGACCGACAAGCGGGUCGACGACGGCGACUGGCACUUCCUGAGGGUGAGCCGUGACCGCCUGCGGACCGUGUUGGCCCUGGACGGUCAGGCCCGGCCCGGGGAGGUGCGCCCCCAGAGGCCCUACAUGAAUGUGGUCAGCGACCUGUUCGUUGGUGGGGUCCCUGCAGACGUGCGCCCUUCUGCCCUGACCCUCGAUGGGGUGCAGGCUGAGCCUGCCUUCCGGGGAUUUAUCCUGGACCUCAAGUAUGGGAACUCAGAGCCGCGUCUCCUGGGCAGCCGGGGGGCCGAGUUGCAAGCUGAGGACCCCUGCUCCCGGAGCCCCUGCGAGAAUGGGGGGACCUGCUUUCUCUUGGAAGGCCAGCCCACCUGCGACUGCUCAGCCACUGGCUAUGGUGGCAAGUUCUGCUCUGAAGAUGUCAACCAAAUUCCAGGCCUCUCACACCUCAUGAUGAGUGAACAAGCCCGAGAUGAGAACGUGGCCACCUUCAGGGGCUCCGAGUACCUGUGCUACGACCUGUCGCAGAACCCCAUCCAGAGCAGUAGCGACGAGAUCACCCUCUCCUUCAAGACCUGGCAACGCAAUGGGCUCAUCCUGCACACGGGCAAGUCGGCCGAUUAUGUCAACCUGGCGCUGAAAGAUGGAGCUGUCUCCUUAGUCAUUAACCUGGGAUCUGGGGCCUUCGAGGCCAUUGUGGAGCCUGUGAAUGGCAAGUUCAAUGACAACACCUGGCACGAUGUCAAAGUGACCCGCAACCUGCGGCAGGUGACAAUCUCUGUGGAUGGCAUCCUCACCACGACUGGGUACACCCAAGAGGACUACACCAUGCUAGGCUCAGACGACUUCUUUUACGUAGGAGGAAGCCCCAGCACGGCAGAUUUACCAGGAUCACCAGUCAGCAACAACUUCAUGGGCUGCCUCAAAGAGGUUGUUUAUAAGAAUAACGAUAUCCGUCUGGAGCUAUCUCGGUUGGCCCGGAUCGGUGACACCAAGAUGAAGAUCUAUGGUGAUGUGGUAUUCAAGUGUGAGAAUGUAGCCACUCUGGACCCCAUCAACUUUGAGACUCCCGAGGCCUACAUCAGCUUGCCCAAGUGGAACACGAAAAGGAUGGGUUCCAUCUCCUUUGACUUCCGUACCACAGAGCCCAACGGGCUGAUCCUCUUCACCCACGGCAAGCCCCAGGAGAGGAAGGAUGUCAGGAGUCAGAAGAACACAAAGGUGGACUUCUUUGCGGUGGAGCUCCUUGAUGGGAACCUGUACUUGCUACUUGAUAUGGGCUCUGGAACCAUCAAAGUGAAGGCCACCCAGAAGAAAGCCAAUGAUGGAGAGUGGUACCAUGUGGACAUCCAGCGAGAUGGAAGAUCAGGCACCAUAUCAGUGAACAGCAGGCGAACCCCAUUCACUGCCAGUGGGGAGAGCGAAAUCUUGGACUUGGAAGGUGACAUGUACCUGGGCGGGUUGCCAGAAAACCGGGCCGGACUCAUCCUCCCCACUGAGCUCUGGACCGCCAUGCUGAACUAUGGCUAUGUGGGCUGUGUCCGGGACCUGUUCAUCGAUGGGCGGAGCAAGAACAUCCGGCAGCUAGCAGAGAUGCAGAACGCCGCGGGGGUCAAGUCUUCGUGCUCCCGGCAGAGCAUCAAACAGUGUGACAGCUACCCCUGCAAGAAUAAUGCCGUCUGCAAGGAUGGCUGGAACCGGUUCAUCUGCGACUGCACUGGCACCGGCUACUGGGGGAGGACGUGCGAAAGAGAGGCAUCCAUUCUGAGCUAUGAUGGAAGCAUGUACAUGAAGAUCAUCAUGCCCAUGGUCAUGCACACGGAGGCCGAGGACGUGUCCUUCCGCUUCAUGUCUCAACGUGCCUACGGACUGCUGGUUGCCACCACCUCACGAGACUCGGCCGACACCUUGCGUCUGGAGUUGGAUGGAGGACGGGUCAAACUCAUGGUUAACCUAGACUGUAUCAGGAUAAACUGUAACUCCAGCAAAGGACCCGAGACCCUUUAUGCUGGACAGAAACUCAAUGACAACGAGUGGCACACGGUCCGGGUUGUGCGGAGAGGGAAGAGUCUGAAGCUGACCGUGGAUGACGACGUGGCUGAGGGUACAAUGGUAGGCGACCACACCCGUUUGGAGUUCCACAACAUUGAGACAGGCAUCAUGACAGAGAAGCGUUACAUCUCAGUUAUCCCAUAGUUCAUCGGCCACUUACAGAGCCUCAUGUUCAAUGGACUGCUCUACAUCGACUUGUGCAAAAUGGUGAUAUCGAUACUGUGAGCUGAAGGCCCGCUUGGCCUGCGCCACAUCAUUGCCGACCCUGUCACCUUCAAGACCAAGAGCAGCUACCUGAGCCUGGCCACUCUGCAGGCCUACACCUCCAUGCACCUCUUCUUCCAGUUCAAGACCACCUCAGCUGACGGCUUCAUCCUCUUUAACAGUGGGAUGGCAAUGACUUUAUUGCUUGUCGAACUUGUCAAGGGGUACAUUACACUAUGUAUUUGACCUGGAAUGGUUCCCAAUGUCAUCAAGGGGCAAUAGUGAGCGCCUCUGAAUGACAACCAAUGGCAUAACGUGGUCAUUACCCGGGACAAUAGCAAUACCCACAGCCUGAAAGUUGGAUAACCAAGGGUGGUCACUCAGGUUAUUCAAUGGUGCCAAAAAUCUGGAUCUUUAAAGGUGAUCGUCUAUAUGGCCGGCCUGGCUCAAGGCAUGUACAGCAAUCUCCCAAAGCUCGUUGGCUUUCCGCGUGAUGGCUUUCAGGGCUGUCUAGCAUCAGUGGACUUGAACGGGCGCUUACCAGACCUCAUCAACGACGCUCUCCACAGGAGCGGGCAGAUUGAGCGUGGAUGUGAAGGACCAAGCACCACCUGCCAGGAGGACUCAUGUGCAAACCAGGGGGUCUGCAUGCAGCAAUGGGAAGGAUUUACCUGUGACUGUUCCAUGACGUCUUACUCUGGGAACCAGUGCAAUGAUCCUGGUGCUACCUAUAUCUUUGGGAAGAGUGGCGGUCUCAUAUUGUACACCUGGCCUGCAAAUGACCGCCCCAGCACCCGAUCAGACCGCCUUGCUGUGGGUUUCAGCACAACGGUGAAGGAUGGCAUCCUGGUUCGCAUCGACAGUGCUCCAGGACUUGGAGAUUUCCUUCAACUUCACAUAGAGCAAGGAAAGAUUGGAGUGGUUUUCAACAUCGGUACAGUGGACAUCUCCAUCAAAGAGGAGAGCACACCAGUUAACGAUGGGAAAUACCACGUGGUCCGCUUCACCCGGAAUGGAGGCAAUGCCACUCUUCAGGUGGACAACUGGCCUAUCAAUGAACACUACCCCUCAGGCAACACUGAUAAUGAACGCUUCCAAAUGGUAAAACAGAAAAUCCCCUUCAAAUAUAACCGGCCCGUAGAGGAGUGGCUGCAGGAAAAAGGCCGACAGCUAACCAUCUUCAACACCCAGGCGCAAAUAGCCAUUGGAGGAAAAGACAAGGGGCGUCUCUUCCAAGGCCAGCUCUCCGGUCUCUAUUAUGAUGGCUUGAAAGUACUGAACAUGGCGGCAGAGAACAACCCCAACAUUAAAAUCAAUGGAAGUGUCCGGCUGGUGGGCGAAGUUCCAUCCAUCUUGGGAACGACACCGACGACUUCCAUGCCACCCGAAAUGUCGACAACGGUCAUGGAGACCACCACCACUAUGGCAACCACCACCACCCGGAAGAAUCGUUCCACAGCCAGCAUUCAGCCGACGUCGGAUGACCUUGUCUCGUCGGCGGAAUGCUCCAGCGAUGACGAAGACUUUGUCGAAUGUGAACCAAGUACAGAUAAGAGUCUUUCCACUUCAGUCUUCGAAGGUGGCUACAAAGCACAUGCGCCCAAGUGGGAAUUCAAGGACUUUAGACCUAACAGAGUCUCCGAAACCGGUAGGACUCCUACCACACCUUUGUCCCCUGAGCUGACGCGCUCCACGGCUUCGUCCUCAUCCGGGAUGGCGCCCAGACUGCCGGCCGGCAAAAUGAAUAACCGUGAGCUCAGACCCCAGCCUGAUAUAGUCUUGCUUCCAUUGCCCACUGCCUAUGAGCUAGACAGCACAAAACGGAAGAGCCCGCUAAUCACUUCCCCCAUGUUCCGUAAUGUGCCCACAGCAAACCCCACAGAGCCAGGAAUCAGACGGGUCCCGGGGGCCUCAGAGGUGGUCCGCGAAUCCAGCAGCACGACGGGGAUGGUCGUCGGCAUCGUGGCGGCCGCCGCCCUCUGCAUCCUCAUCCUCCUGUAUGCCAUGUACAAGUACAGGAACAGGGAUGAGGGCUCCUAUCAGGUGGAUGAGACGCGGAACUACAUCAGCAACUCCGCCCAGAGCAACGGCACGCUCGUCAAGGAGAAGCAGCAGAGCUCCAAGGGCGGCCACAAGAAGCAGAAAAACAAGGACAGAGAGUAUUACGUGUAAAGACAGAGACGCGAACAGAGUUAUUUCUAUAUACAUAUAUAAAUACGGACACGCGAGAUUCAACGGAGAGGUCGGAACAGCUAGGACGCUGUUGAGAGUGGGAGCGACGGCUGAGGGAAAACAAAACUAAACAAAACAAAAAAACAAAAAAGCGCAAAUCUUUUGGCCGUUACUGCUCUAUUUCGGUCACCGCUCGGAGAGAGAACAACAAAACGAAAAACACUCUGCCCCCUGUAUCAUAAAGCACAUCCAUCUGCCUAGGCAGGGGCGUGACUCCCCACAGGCCUCGGUGGACUUCGAGGUUUCUGCGCCCCUCACUCCCUCCCUCACCCGUGCGGAACUUUGGAUGAGAGGCAGGAGGCUUCUCGCAACUCCGAGCGAGCGUCUCUAACGACGCUCGUGACCCUUGACUGUAUCAAUGAUUUUUCAGUUGCAUUCUUUUCAAAAAUAGACAAAAAAAUUGACAAAAAAAAAGUUCGACAAAUGUCCGGUAUAUGUGUAACUUUGUGAGAUUCGAGAGAAGUGAUAGCUUUUGGGUUUAUUUUUUGAGAGGAGGCCGGACGCGAGCUGCAGAGCGAGCGAGCGAGAGAGGGUGAAAGAGUGAGAGAUAGAUCUCAAAAAACAAAAACAAAAAACAAAUAGACCGUCACCAUAUAGUAACUGAAAAGCUACCCAUGGUGUUCACUCUACAUAUCAGGUUGUGGUGUCCCUAGAAUCUGUGAUUUGUUCGCGGUAAGGCGCUCUGCUCGGAACACAUAGAAACCGUGCAAUCAGCGGCGUUACUUAGAGCCGGUCCCCCGGCAUCUGCAGACCGAACUCUUGGAACGGACGGGUCCAGUCUCGUCCAGUCGGGGCUCUCGGCUCUGUGCAAAUCUAUCGUCCGUACGCAUUGGUGUGGACGGACUGCAACAAAGGGAAACGGGGUCAGCCUGAGUCGGGCAGAGUUUGACUCACUAACUCAACAAGAGCCUUUCUUGGAAGGUGGGAGGGGACCGUUCUGGUGCCGACUGAUUGAGAUGCAUGCAAAAAAAAAACCACACAAAAAAAACCAAGACAAAAAAAACAAAAAUCAAACAAUCCGUUCAAGAAUCUAAAUAAAGACAAUACGGGAGUUCCACAUGUGACAGAACAACAAAAGGUCACACGAGCCAAACACGUCAUGAGUACAAAAUAGUUUUGUUUUGGUGUUUUGUUUUUUUGACAUAAUGUUUUUUUCAUACACAACUUUCACUUUGUAGCCUGACACUCACGAAUAGCUCUGUCCUCCCAUCUGCCCAAUUCUCCCUUGACCCUCUCUUUUUUAAAGAUAAAUAAAUAAAUGAAUAAAGCUGCUGUGACACAAAAAGGAAUUUAAUAGUAUAAUAUAUAAAUAUAUAUAUACAGAUAUAUUUAUCACGGUAUGUUUGGGACGAAUGGGCCAGAAAUGUGUUAGGGUCUUGAUGCGUUGAGAGAGUGUUGUUUUCAGAGAAAGCAACGGAACAAUAGGUUCACCUUAAAUGCGAAGAAAGCGUGAGUAAGUUUUGUCACAGUCACCUGUGUCAAAAGAAAAAUGAUCUGCUCAGAUUUUGUUUACAUAUUUUACUACAUCUUUUGCCGGUGUAAUUUCUUAGAUAGCCACCUAUUGUACAUAAUGCUUUCAGAUUGACCUGUUUGUUUCUUUCAUUUCCUUUCCUUUUGGUUUCUUUCCUGUAUUCCUUUGAAGGGGGGGGGGUAAGUUAAUGUACAGAAUAAGAACCAAUGGGUAGUAGGGCCGUGGGUAUCACGUACUUAAAGCGAGAGGGAGCAAGAAAGUAAAAACAGAAAAAAAAAACCACAAAGUGAAAUACGGACUCUAGAAAAAUCAGAAAUACUCUAUUUCUUUGUGUACAGAUGAAAAUCAAUCAGCUGUUUAGAUUUAGAAAUCUACUCUCGCUGGUGUUUGUAAGUCGCAUGAAUAUUUGACUUUGAAGAAAUGUCAUCACACACACACACACACAAAAACAAGAGCAAACUCAAAGGCUUCUCUAAUGAAAAUGGGAAGGGAUUUCCCUAGUUACCAGGUCCUUUCGAUGUAACUGUGUGGUUUGGGAUUUUUUUCAGUUUUUUGUUUUUUAAUACAAAGACAGGUUUGAAAAAGGAUAUGAAAGCACGAUUUUAGAUCACUCAAAUGGCCAAACCUAUAUGAAGUUGAUUAUAUCUUGAUGUCUGUAAAAGAUUGCUGUUCUUGGAGUCUUGUGAAAUGAUCUCCUGCUUUCUUUACUCUUCAUUUCAAGGAAACAAAAUCUGUUACCUUUUUUUUGGUGUAAGUUUCUAUUGGACAGUUUUUUGGGAACAUGUGCAUUCUGUAUGUGGGCUUCUACAUUAUCCCCAACUUAAGAAAAGAACCUCGAGGAUUUCGUUGGGUUAUUGUGAUGUUAUUUUCCUUUUUGUUCUUUUCUUUUUUUAAUAUUUGCCUUUUGGUUCAAGGAUAUGCUUAGCAAUAAAAUGUUCUUCCCAAGC